AUGGCAGAGGCGGUGCCCGUUAGAGGUGACGUACCGGGGGCGGCGGCGGCGGCGGCGGCGGCGGCGGCAGCAGCAACGGCAGCGGCUGUCCCGGAGUCUGCUGCGGUCCCGGCCGCCGCUAAGAAGAAGGCCGCCCAUCGGCUGCAGAAAGGCGGCGGGGGCGGCGCUACCACCGCGGCGGCGGCCGAGCAGAUCCUGGAGGCGGUGGCCGCUGUCAAGGAGCGCCAGGCGGCGGCCAAGCUCGGCGGUGCCCUGAAGAAAACCAUUUCGGCCGCGGGCUACGAGCCGAUGGAGAAGGGGGGCCCGGGCAAGGGGGGUUCGACGGCGGACAGCGGGGCCGGUACCUCGGCCACCGUGCAGCCGGAACAGAAGCAGCAGCAGGCGGCGGAGGAACAACGGGAGGAAGGAGAAGCUCAGGCCCGCCCCAAGGAAAGAGCAACCAAAAAGAAAGCGGCUCCGAGGAGAGGGGCGGCGGCGGCUAAACGCACCAAGAAAGCGGCGGCCAAGAGCCCCCGGAAGAGGACGGCGGCCAAGACCAGGAAAGCCCCCAAACGGGCGGCGGGGGGCAAGCGGGCAACGGCGGGGAAGAAGCGGAGGUAG